GUGUGCGGGGCGGGAAUGCAGGCAUCCGUUGGUAUUGUUUUUGCAGGUGGCUGCAUUUGAAAUCCUAACCCCUCGUUGUGCGGGCAUUUGUCUGUGCGGUAUGAACAAAUAAGCACAGCUCUCUUUCCGAAUGGUGUAGGCAACACAGCCAUAUCAGCUGCUUUAGUUAGUGGAAGUGCUUAUUCUCUGCACAGCCGGUUGUACUGAGUUAUGAGUCAGGUCCUAUUUUUUUCAUUUAAAAAUCAAAUAUGCGCGGGGUGCACACUGUGCCAGAUGGACAGAGGUGACUGUGGCCAGGGCCAAGGCCUUAAAGCACAGUAACAACAUUGAAGGUAUAGUCACAGGGUGGUACUACACAGUUUUUGUGCCGUUUGUACUUUUUCUUUAAUUAGUAGACUUUAUUUUGUAGAGCAGUUUUAGGUUUACAGAGAAAUUGGGCAGGAAGUACAGAGAAUUCACGUACACCUUGUAUACUUUUAUUUCCUUUGAAUUUCAUAAUUUUUUGAGGUUUUAAAAGUAUCCUCGUCUUACACGUGAAAGAACUGAGGCCCAGAGAUGUGGAUGAAACCAGCAUGAAUUCUUUUUCUUGUAUUUGCCUGCAGCUGGGGGCAGGUGUAAGACACCAGGGCAGGGAGGCUGAGGUGCUCCUGGAGGGACAGUGCUCCUCCAGAGGAGGAAGAGAAGAUUCCUGGCAAGAGGGCUGUAGACAAAGUAGGCACUUUUGGAGCAGGAGACAGGAGUAGGAUAUAGUCGGGAAAAUAGGGUGGAGAGCAGGGCAGGCGGGUGAAAGCCGCAGAGUCUGGUGGAGCCGCUUGGAGAAUGUGGGCUUUGGUAAGGGGGCAGGGAGUAAAGUUGGAAGGAUGCUGGAGGGCCAAAUAGAGGGUGGGGGACCUCCUAUGCCAGUGGACUGUCUCGUACAUCCCUCCUUGUGGAGAACAUGACUUUCGGCCACUGAUUUAAAACCUUUUUCAGUCAAAGUCAUACAUUCUUGUGGGAAUCUGAUGGUGGCUAUAGACCCUCUCCCAAGUAAAAUGCACUAAGAGCAUCAUUCUGUGUAUAGUAGUGGGAGGAUCAGGGAUCUAGCAUGAGUACCCUGAGGGUUUUGAGUUGGAUGAUCAGUGGGGGCUUCAGUGUGUGAGAUGGGCAGAAGCAGGAGAGACCAGUGAAACAGCAUUAAAUACUCAGACAUGAGAUUAUUGAGGGCCCGAACCAGGUAGUGAUGGGGAAUAUCUCCACGUAGGUAAGAUAUCGCAGAGACAGAAUGAAAGGGCAUGGUUACUAACGGAAGGUGGGCAGUGAGGUGGUCUUGCUAAGGUAGUGAUCCACAGCGUUCACUUUACCUGACUGAGAUAAUACACCAAAGCCCAAAAUAGGGAACCUGUGGGACCGGGGAGCAGAUUGAGGACAGAGACGAUGAUUUCAGGGCAUUUAGGAAGAUCAGCAUUACCCAGUUAAGUGUUGCUGGGGAAGUAGGGUUCUGUGGUCUGAUACUCCUGGGCAGUGCUCUGUGAUAUAUAUCUGCUUGGUGAUUCACAGGCACAGUGGUAGCAUGUUAAAGGCUCCGAGAAGAGCUGCAACAAGAAAACCUGUUAAACAUCUUUCAACCUAAGAGUUUCCACCUUAUUUGAGCACUGAACAUUUCUGUCAAAGGAGAACCACUGUUGUGGGGAGUUUGGGAAUUGCUGAGGUGGGCUUAUUAGUCUGGUGGCUCAGCCCUGGGGGCUGAAGAUGGAGGUGGGAAAAGUCGAGUGAAUGGAGAUGACUCUUUUUGACAAAGCAGUGAGAAGAACUGGGUGGGGGUGGCAGCUGCAGGGGAUGUCUGCAUAUGCAAUCGUAAAGGUUGCAGUACAGCUCCGAGGGGUGAGGAAAUCUGUAUUAUAAUAGUUUCUGGUCCUCCAAAGCUCAACCUUACGAGGCUACGGCUCUUUCCUUUGUUUUUAAUUUCUCUCGGAUUUUCUUGGGUGUCACGGGAGCAGCACUGACAUUUGACCCUGCAGGGACUGGGCUACAAAAUGGGCCAGUAGAUGGCUGCGAUGGGGGACUUUCUCUUGAUCAGUGGCUCCAUCUGGAAGUCCAGACGUGGUCUGGUUGUGCCUAUUGCCUGCCAUUGACCACCCCUACUUUAGCUAUUACAAAGCCAAACAUUAAAGGCUGUAUCUUUUUAGAGGUGUGUCUGAAUGAAGCAUACCUCAGUAUGAACAGUGUCUUGGCAUUGUGACUAGCAUUAACUCUGUUGAAUGAUUUUUGCCAUACCAGUGAGCAGAGCUUGUUUUUCUUUGUUCAGGCUGCGAGAAGACAUUUAUCACAGUGAGUGCUCUAUUUUCCCAUAAUCGAGCCCAUUUCAGGGAACAAGAACUCUUUUCUUGCUCCUUUCCGGGAUGCAGCAAACAGUAUGACAAAGCCUGUCGGCUGAAAAUUCACCUGAGAAGUCAUACAGGUGAAAGACCUUUUGUUUGUGACUCUGAUAGUUGUGGUUGGACCUUCACCAGCAUGUCUAAACUCCUAAGGCACAAAAGGAAACAUGAUGAUGACCGGAGGUUUACCUGCCCUGUGGAAGGCUGUGGGAAAUCAUUCACGAGAGCAGAACAUUUGAAAGGCCACAGUAUAACCCACCUAGGCACAAAGCCAUUUGAGUGUCCUGUGGAAGGGUGCUGUGCUCGAUUCUCUGCUCGCAGUAGUCUAUACAUUCACUCUAAGAAGCACCUCCAGGAUGUGGACACUUCAAAAAGCCGCUGCCCGGUCUCCACCUGUAAUCGACAGUUCACAUCCAAACACAGCAUGAAGACUCACGUGGUCAAACAGCACAACCUGCGCCAAGGUCUUGUCACUUUAUGUGUCUCUCAGGGAGUGACAAAGAUGUAUAUGCUUGAUACAUAUCUCUUAUCUCAGCUAGAAGCUGCAAGUUCUCUUACGCCCAGCAGUGAACUUACCAGCUCAGGACAAAGCGAGCUCAAUAAUAUAGACCUUGUGUCUCUCUUCUCUAAUGCAUCUGGUGAUAAUAAUAGUUCGACAGUUGCAUCGGACAUGGCAUUGGUGAACUCUGGAAUCUUGACUAUUGAUGUUAAUUCUGUGAGCUCGUCUCUGGGAGGGAACCUUCCUGUUAACAACAAUUCCUUGGGCCAGAUGGACCCACUGGUCCUGGUGGCCAACAGUGACAUUCCUUCCAGUCUGGAUAGCCCUCUCAUGCUUGGGUCAACGGCACCGGUUCUUCAGCAGAGCAACUUAAAUCCAGAUGAUGUGCAAACUGUAAGUGCAGAAGCAUUAGGUUGUCUGGUGUCUCUUCCUGUGAAGAACUUGAGUCAAGACCCACAGGCUUUGACCUCCAGCAGCAAUUCGGCAUUGAACAGAUCCACACCAACCCCUUCAAACAGCCCCGGUGGAAACAGCCAUGUCCCAGAACUGCUGGCUCCAAUCAAAGUGGAACGGAACUUGCCUCCUGGCCCAGAUGUUGGGCCACAGGAAAGAGACAAAGUGGUAACCCAGUUUGGGCUCUCCAACCCAGCAGAAAACUGCAGUGCUCAGAAAGACAUAGACCUCAGUGCAGUGCCCGGAAACUUGUAUUUGCUGUGUGACCUUGGGCAGCCUCGCUUCUCUGAGUACAAAUGGUGUGUGGUGAAUGGGUUUCAGGAAAGUGGGGGCUCAGCAAGAACUGAUUACCGAGCCAUUCAACUAGCCAAGAAAAAAAAGCAGAAAGGAACUGGGAACAAUGCAGGAUCCUCAGGGCCUGCUCAAAGAAAAAUAAAAGGUGAGAAAAUCAGUCCUCACUUCCAUGCAAGCCAGGGCAGUUGGCUGUGUGGAGAUGUUGUGGUGCCAAGUGGAGGCCUGACGGGACCAGAGCCAGCAGCCGGGGUGCGGUGCGUUCAGGUCCAGCUACUGCAGGACGAUCCCUCAGGUGAAGGAGUCUUGCCACUUGCACUCAGCUUGCAGCCUCCCCUGCUCCGUCCCGUCCUCACCGUGGACUUGCCUGUCUACGUCCUCCAGGAGGUGUUCCCAGCCCCAGAGGAUGCCGCUGGUCCUGAGGCUGUACAGUUCUCCAGAAGCACCAUCAACCUCCAGGACUUGCAGUGAGAAUGCUGGCUGCGAGAGCCCCCGAAGACUCAAUUAGAUGGUUCUGUUGGCGUGGGUAGGACUCCCACUCAGCUUCUGCUCAAAAGUCUAGCCUGAUUCUUCAGAAAACUUUUUGGUGCAUUUACGGAAAGUAUUUUUCUUAUGUUUUAUCAGGAAUCAGUCAGGGGCUCUGCUGUUUGAAUGUGCCCUGUACAAGUGCAGUGCUUUGGGAUACGGGGCUCACCUCUGGAGAGGCCCAAGUUGGGUCCUUACCAGCCACCCACGUGCAACGUCCUUUCUUUCCCGCUUGGCCUGAGCCAUGCAGCACUUGUUGCAUUGGAAAGAAAAGGGAAAAGACGUCAGUAGGAAUAGGGUAGAAUUCAGGUUUCCCAGCCAAAUACAGCUUUCUCUGUAGUAAACUAGAUGGGGUCUGUUAGUUCAGUGUUUAGUAUUUUGCCUGAGACAUAGCUAGAAAGACCAUUUUCCCUGAGAGCUCGUAUAACAGGCCAUAUCCCAGUCAUGGGGACAGUGUUUGUGGUCAGGCUGAUUCUGCUGUGUUGUAGGGUGGAAGUGGCCACGUCAACAGGGAGGCUAAGUUCAAGUCCAUGUUCUUGCUGUGAAAUCAGACCAGGCAGGGCCAGGCAGGUGCCGGACCAGCAGGCGGCCCAUUUGAGAGGAAGUGGUAGUGAGUGCAGUGGGCUGUCAUUGGACCUGAGCGAGCCCUCUUCAUGGGCCCCAGGUGUCGUUCAUAGUUUGAGUGCGGUAGAGUUAACACUUUUAAAAUAAUCUUUCUAAAUUCUGUUGUUGGGUAUUAAUGUUUAAUGGUAAUUUGACAACGGUUUAUACAGUGAUGUUCUGAAUACUGUAUGUAUAGGACUGUAAUAAUGGUAUGUGUAUGUUUUUUAUUGUUGAGGUUGAAGAUGUGCAUAUAAUAUGUCAAGGUAUAUUUUUACGGAGUAAGGUCUGUCUUACAAAAAGACAAGUUGAUAAUCUUGCACAUAUUUAUUUGUUAAAUACAGUUGAUGGAAUGGACACAGGGUCAUUCAGAAAUGCUUUUUUGCCUUGUGCCUUUUGGAGUGUAUGGUUAUUCAACCAAUGCUGUUUUGAUUCUCAGACUGGAAUCAUCUAAACUCUGCCCAUUCUGUGUUUGUUUCUUGAAUUUGGGGCUUUGGCUUUUUGGAAUGACUCCAGCAUUCUCUGUGAUUCCUCUCUGUCUGUCCUGCCGGAGGUGCAUCUAUCUGCCCAGAUUGCCUCUGCCUGCAAGAAUUAAAACCACAUUUGUAAAUGGUUCUUUUCCACAGAAGUCUGUGCUGCGUCACAGACAAGUCCAGGGCUUGAAUGUGCCCACCUGGCCCUCACCUCAGACCUUCUAAGACUGACAGAUAGUGCCCCCCUCUCUCUGGGGAGGCAGGCACCCCCUGCCGGCGUGGUUGUGGUCCCUUUGUGGCCUGUGGGCCUCUUACACCUCCCUUCCUGAAGGGAGGAGGGUCUGGGCCAUAGGAGUGCUUCGUCUCGGAGGCAUGGUCUGGGUCUCUCUCCUGCCCAGGCGUUGGGGAACACACCACAAAUGGUUGGGGUGGGCUGUCACCGUCUUGUGGGCACUGAGGUUCACCCCUGGCAAUGGACCUAACUCCCGGUGCAAAUGAAUAAAAGUUUUUGUAUAGUCACACGCCAAAGGCUUUGCUUGGUUUAAUUCGAGGAAUUUGGGUAUAGAGUGUUGAAACCGUUUUGUUUUCUUCUUCAGUUAGUAGUAAUGACCUGUUUAUCUGCCCAGUUUGCUGCUUACUUUUCUUGUCUUUGCAUCGGGGAAAUCCCGUACUACAUCUCAUCAUGCAGUUGGAGACUUUGUCUCUUAAAGCAGCCGUUUUAGAGGAGAACCAAGAUGGUGCUCCUUCCCUCUAGCACAGGCUUAAGGCCAAAUAAUGAAAGAGGGUUUCUGAGAUUGAUUAACAGCGUCAGCUUCCUUACACAGGCCUCAAGACACCAAAGAGACAUGGAGUUUAUUUCAGUGGGAGAAAGGGAAUGUACAGAAGAGA